AUUUUGCAAAGCCCAAUUUGUUCUGUUACCUUCUCCCUUUGCCCUUUGCAUCCACAUUAUGUAAUCAUCACCUCAAAGUUUCCCCGGAUUCUUUCAGUCUUCGAGCAUUGUCCCGAGAAAAAGAAAAAGAAAAAAACCUCUCUGGAAGCUUCUCGAAACCCUAGUAAGGUAGUUUUCUUCGCAGAGAGAUCGCUCCCUGAAUCUGCUGCGAAGUUCCAAUGGCGUUUUGGUGGCCCUUGCUCGUUCUAGCAUUCGCUUUCGCCAUCUGCAAGUUCCUUCUCAUGCUCAUUCCUCCCAAGGUUCCUUCCAUCGAUGUUGACGCUUCCGAUGUGUUGGACGAUGGAAACCAAGCGCAGGAGAACAGCUUCAUAUAUGUGCCGCCGAGGGGAACGGCUCAGCAAUCAGGAAAGAAAGUUCAGUGCUAUGAGCCUGCUACCAUGAAAUAUUUGGGAUAUGUACCUGCAUUGACACCGGAUGAGGUUAAGGAGCAAGUGGAAAAAGUACGAAAGGCGCAAAAAAUGUGGGCAAAGACCAGCUUCAAGCAAAGACGCCAGUUUUUGCGUAUACUUCUGAAAUAUAUAAUUAAACACCAAGCGCUUAUAUGCGAAAUAUCUUCACGUGAUACUGGAAAGACAAUGGUAGAUGCCUCUUUAGGAGAAAUAAUGACAACGUGUGAGAAGAUCAAUUGGCUGCUGUCAGAGGGUGAACAGUGGCUAAAGCCUGAGUACCGAUCCUCUGGAAGAUCAAUGUUUCAUAAGAGAGCCAGAGUAGAAUUUCAUCCUCUUGGUGUUAUUGGUGCCAUUGUGUCAUGGAACUAUCCUUUCCACAAUAUAUUUAACCCUAUGUUGGCAGCAGUUUUUUCUGGAAAUGGCAUUGUGGUUAAGAUAUCGGAACAUGCAAGUUGGUCUGGAUGCUUUUACUUCCGAAUCAUCCAAUCAGCUCUUGCUGCCAUAGGAGCUCCAGAGGACCUUGUUGAGGUGAUAACAGGGUUUGCUGAAACAGGAGAAGCACUUGUAUCUUCUGCUGAUAAAGUCAUUUUUGUUGGAUCACCUGGGGUUGGUAAGAUGAUAAUGAGAAAUGCUGCUGAGAAACUUAUACCAGUUACACUGGAGCUUGGUGGAAAAGAUGCAUUUAUUGUUUGUGAAGAUGUAGAUGUGGACCAUGUUGCUCAAAUUGCUUGCAGGGCUGUUCUUCAGUCAUCUGGGCAGAACUGUGCUGGGGCUGAACGAUUUUAUGUCCACAGGAACAUUUAUUCAUCUUUUGUCAGUAAAGUUACCAAAAUCAUAAAAUCUGUUACAGCUGGUCCACCACUUGCUGGAAAGUAUGAUAUGGGUGCUUUAUGCAUGUAUGAGCAUUCUGAAAAGCUUGAAGGUCUUGUAAAUGAUGCUUUAGACAAAGGAGCUGAAGUUGUUGCACGUGGAAGUUUUGGACGUAUAGGUGAAGGUGCAGUUGAUCAAUAUUUUCCACCUGCUGUCAUUGUGAAUGUGAAUCACUCAAUGAGAUUGAUGCAAGAAGAGGCAUUUGGACCAAUCAUGCCAAUAAUGAAAUUCAGCUCUGAUGAAGAGGCUGUCAAGCUUGCAAAUGACUCAAAAUAUGGGCUUGGCUGUGCUGUUUUCUCAGGCAGUCAGAGUCGUGCCAGAGACAUAGCUUCCCAGAUACAUUGUGGGGUUGCUGCAGUUAAUGAUUUUGCUGCAACAUACAUGUGUCAG